UUGAACUAUCAGUCCACCCCAACACGCGUUGAAACACAUUGUGCUGCUCGGCUGGUGGCUCCGCGUACGCUGUACACCAUCCCGAGCCCUCCUCCUCGAAACCUUUCACUCGGCGGUCGAAGCACAUCGACACCACACUUCAUUCAGCCACAGCUCGCAGCAGAACCACCACCGGGUCCAUCGUCUCGCAACGUCCCGACUGUCAUUUUGGCAUUGUUACUUGCGGGCCGUCAUCGAAUCUGUCUUUUUGCCAUGUCCGAUGAGGAUUCCCACUUCACUCACUGUCACUCCAUUCUGAAAGAGAUUCUGCAAGAUGACGAUGACGACGACCAGGUAGUCCUCAAGGAAUCCACCCAGAAGAGGGAACUCGCAGAAGGCGUCCAGGCGCUCCAGGACAAAGAAGUUGAACCGUCUUGCGAUCAAACCAGUGAUACGCCCAGCAUGAACCAACAAUGUUGCUGCGGCGUUAAAGACCGUGUAGAUUUUGAGAAUGGUGACUGCGUCCGCGAUGAUUUGACUGGCGUUUGCGUAUAUACUGGAGGAAGGUUUCCGUGCCUGCACAUCCGGUUGACCAACUUGGAAAGCCACCGGACUUACUUCGUCGCGCUAGACUUUACUCUCCUCGGUAACACCAGCCCCGGGGAACAGGCGUUGUUGGACUAUACUGAACCGUACUUCGUCCCACGUCCUAAUCACCUGGCGGGGUGGCACUGGAAUGGGAAUGCCUUGUACUUCAACCUCAACUCCAUUGCGAAUGGAGGUCUCCAAGAAAGCUAUAAAGUUGCACGUGGUGACACGUGCCUCCUGCCACAGGCGACGUUGAAGAUGGCCUGCGAGUACGAGCCAACGUUACGAGUCAUUCCAUGGAGUAGCGACGUCUGCAUAGACCCACUUCCCCUAAUGCGCUUCCGCCUAAAGCAUACGGCAUUCCUGGUCGUUUCACUGCACUGCGAGGCUCGCGAAAACAAAAACAACCUUGUUCGAGAGUUCCUUCUGGUGAGGACAUCGGAGAUGACCAGGGGUCCGUCCGAAUGCUGCCGCAGCCCUCCGAGCAGUAGUUCAGAACCGCCCUUCUCACCCAAAUUUAUGCAACCAUUCCUACAAAACUCUACCUGCAGCAACGACCGGCGCCGCGUGUUUACGCCAGCGGACCUGCCCCAAUUGCGACAGCCGGCGCGCCAAGCCGACGCCAUGCCGCCAAAUUCGACUGCCUUGCGCUUUCCUACAGCUAGGGUACCCUGCAAGGAGAACCAGGCAAAUAUUGUCAAGGCACCUCAGAAUCACCAUCCUCUCAAGUCCGGUAUCUGGCAACACACUCCCUGGUCCAAUGGAACCAACGGCCACAGCACUGUGUCCAGUAACGGACAGACAGAAGCGCCCGCGCUCACUGCGUUUUUUAGGAGCCUUCAAAACUGCGCGCCACCCAGAUUCGUGACCGACCAGAAACCCAAAGUGGUCCUUCCAAAGGAAUCCAGACCCACGUUGCCACCAUUUAGUCGCCAUCAACAGCAGAACCUUGCUCAAGAAUGGCAACAGAGAGGCGCCAACCUUAUUCCGAGAUCUGCUUACGACAUAUUCCUCAAUGGCUACUUGCAGUGGGUUGCCAUGACACGAAGCAACUUAAGCCUCAGGCAGCUGGAAGCCGAGCAACAGGCCAAGACUGAGAGUGAACCGUCGCUUCCGUCACCCUCGGGGAGUCCGGAGGCUCCCGAACAGACAGACAAUGCCAAGACUGCAUUUUCGUAUCACUGUGGCACGUACUAUUACACGCCUUAUUGGAACACAGCCGCCCAGUCCGUCCAGUUCACUUGAGGUUCAGAUACUCUCGCCUGGUGACAUGUUAAUAUAAAUGAAGCUCUGUGUUAGUGCUAGAGCUCACUCCUAUAACGAAGGUUAACUUCCACUUGGGAGUCUGUUUCUUUAUUCUUGUUUACUUCUUGCUUUGCUUUUUGUAACGACGUGACAAUAUAGUAACAUGUAGUAAUAACGACGUUGUUGACAGUCUGUCUUUUAAGUGCAAGUCGUCCAUUGUUUCUGUUCCAUGAGAUUUGUAAGGAAUAAAUUUUAUAUGCAUGGC